AUGGGGGCAUACCUGAGCCUCGUUAUAGACAGCAGGGUUUUCACAGGAAACAGCAAUGCUGACAGUGUGGUUCACCACAAACUCCUGUACUCCAUGAAAGCUCGCUUCUUGCGCUUCAUCCCUCUGAAGUGGAAUUUUGGUGGUCACAUAGGGCUGAGAGUGGAGGUCUUCGGCUGCUCUUAUAAGUCAGAUAUUGCAGACUUCGAUGGCAGAAGUUCCCUCCUCUACAGGUUCAAUCAGAAGCUUAUGAGCACGUUCAAAGAUGUGGUUUCCUUAAAGUUCAAGAGCAUGCAGGAGGAUGGAGUCUUAUUCCAUGGAGAAGGACAACGAGGAGACUAUAUUACCCUGGAACUACAGAAGGGGAAGCUCUCCUUGCACAUCAACCUGGGGGAUUCCAACCUGCACUUCACUAACAGCCACACAUCCAUCACCCUGGGCAGCCUCCUGGAUGACCAACACUGGCACUCAGUUCUCAUAGAGCGCUUCAACAAGCAGGUGAACUUCACAGUGGACAAGCAUACUCAGCAUUUUCGAACGAAGGGGGACUCGGAUCACUUAGAUAUUGAUUAUGAGCUCAGCUUUGGAGGCAUUCCUGUCCCAGGGAAACCAGGAACCUUUCAGAGGAAAAACUUCCAUGGCUGCAUUGAGAACCUCUAUUACAAUGGAGUCAAUAUAAUUGACCUGGCAAAAAGGCGCAAACCUCAGAUCUAUACUGUGGGGAAUGUGACCUUUUCCUGCUCAGAACCACAAAUUGUUCCCAUCACCUUUGUCAACUCCAGUAGAAGCUACUUGUUACUGCCUGGAACUCCUCAAAUUGAUGGGUUGUCAGUCAGUUUUCAGUUUCGAACGUGGAAUAAAGAUGGCUUACUCCUGUCCACUGAAUUGUCUGAAAAUUCAGGAUCUCUUUUGGUUUAUCUCCAUGGUGGGAGAUUGACACUUCUUAUUCAGAAAAUGGCAGAAGACCCAGUGGAAAUCAGUGAAGGCACCAAUCUCCAUGAUGGGCUUUGGCAUUCACUUAGCAUCAACGCUAGAAGACAUCGCAUUACCCUGACACUGGAUAACAAUGCUGCCACUGCUAACCAUGCAACCACUGUCUCAAGAAUUUACUCAGGGAACAGCUACUAUUUUGGAGGCGUGGUCAAAAAUGAAGUGGGUCAGUGGGCACAUGGAUCUGUCUCUAGAUCUUUGAUGACAAACAAUGGAAGAUGUUUGCCUAACUACUGUGAACAUGGAGGAAAAUGUUCUCAGUCCUGGACCACCUUUUACUGCGACUGUAAUGACACGAGUUAUAUGGGGGCAACCUGUCAUAACUCCAUCUAUGAACAAUCAUGUGAGGCUUACCGGCACCAAGGGAAGACGUCAGAUUUCUUCUACAUUGAUUCUGAUGGAAGUGGACCACUUGGACCGCUUCGGGUUUUUUGCAAUAUAACAGAAGACAAGAUCUGGACUGCAGUGCAGCACAACAACACAGGGCUAACCAGAGUUCAAGGAGCUGGUCCAGAGAAGCCCUACACCAUGUCCUUUAACUACAACAGCAGCUCAGAGCAGCUUGAAGCUGUGAUAAACAGUGCGGAGUACUGCGAACAGGAGGCAGCCUACCACUGCAAAAAGUCACGUCUCCUCAACACCCCGAAUGGAAUACCAUUUGCUUGGUGGGUUGGACGUGCCAAUGAAAAGCAUCUUUACUGGGGAGGAUCACUUCCGGGCAUUCAGCAGUGUGCAUGUGGACUCGAAGAAAGUUGUCUGGAUAUGAGAUAUUUUUGCAACUGUGACGCAGAUAGAGAAGAAUGGACAAAUGAUACCGGCCUCCUUGCUUUCAAAGACCAUUUGCCCGUAACUCAGAUAGUGAUCACUGACACAAACAGAUCAAAUUCUGAGGCUGCUUGGAAAAUCGGUCCUUUGCGUUGCUAUGGAGACAGGCAGUUCUGGAACGCUGCUUCCUUCAACACAGAGGCUUCCUACCUGCACUUCCCAACCUUCCAUGCUGAGGUCAGUGCAGACAUCUCCUUCUUCUUCAAAACUACGUCUCUCUCUGGAGUAUUCUUGGAAAACCUUGGGAUGAAAGACUUCAUACGAAUUGAAAUAAGAUCCCCCAAAGAGAUCACCUUCUCCAUAGAUGUUGGAAAUGGCCCCACAGAAGCAACCGUGCAGUCUCCCACACCCCUGAAUGACAAUCAGUGGCACUAUGUCCGAGCAGAGCGGAACCUCAAGCAAACCAGUCUCCAGGUGGACAACCUCCCUGAGAAGGUCCUGGAGGCACCUGCAGAGGGGCACUUUCGGUUGCAGCUCAACAGCCAAUUAUUUGUAGGAGGAACAGCUUCCAGACAAAAGGGCUUUUUGGGAUGCAUUCGAUCUCUUCACUUAAAUGGACAGAAACUUGACCUUGAAGAAAGAGCUAAAAUGACUCCUGGUGUUAAACCUGGAUGUCCGGGGCACUGCAGUAGUUAUGGUAAUCUAUGCCAUAAUGGAGGAAAAUGCGUGGAGAAGUACAAUGGGUAUUCUUGUGAUUGCACCGGCUCAGCCUACGAAGGGCCCUUCUGCAAAGAAGAGGUUUCUGCUUUAUUUGAAGCUGGCACUUCUAUUACCUAUAUUUUCCAAGAACCUUAUCCUGUCACAAAAAACGCAAGCACUUCAAGUUCUGCCAUUUAUGCGGAUGCCAUCAUGUCCAAGGAAAAUAUUGCAUUUAGCUUUCUUACGGCACAUGCUCCAAGCCUUCUGCUGUACGUCAACACCUACUUUCAUGAAUAUUUGGCUGUGAUUCUUUCCAAGAAUGGAAGUUUACAGGUUCGAUACAAGUUGAGUAAGGAUGGACUGCUCAUCUUCACAAUUGACUCUGGAAAUUUUGCCAACCGAGAGAUGCAUCAUGUGAAGAUAAACAGAGAAGGCAGAGAGCUCAUCAUUCAGGUUGAUCAAGUUAUCAAACUCAAACACAACUUUUCUGAGAUUGAUUUUAAGGCCAUCAAAUCUCUUACUUUGGGCAAGGUCACAGACAGUUUAACACUGGACCCUGAAGUCUCAAAGGCAAAUGCCUACGGUUUCACUGGCUGCAUGUCUUCUGUUUGGUAUAACCACAUCGCUCCCCUGAAAGCUGCCUUACGCCAUCCCAGCAUUGCUCCCAUGACCAUCAAGGGUUCCUUGACCGCAUCCAGCUGCUCAUCCCUAACGGAAGCAGAUGUGAACACAGCAACCACCAUAUAUUCCUCUUCAGAUCCAUUUGGGAAGACAGACGAAAGAGAGCCUCUCACCAAUGCGGUCAGAAGUGAUUCUGCUGUGAUUGGAGGUGUAAUAGCAGUUGUGAUAUUCAUCAUCUUUUGCAUCAUCGCCAUCAUGAGCAGAUUCCUCUAUCAGCACAAACAGGCACAUCGAAGUAGCCAAACAAAGGAGAAGGAAUACCCAGAAAAUCUUGAGAGCUCUUUUAAAGCUGAUAUUGACUUGCAGAACACAGUGAGCGAGUGCAAACGAGAAUAUUUUAUUUGAUGGACAACGCAAUUUCUUUUUACUCUUACUCCCCUGAACUUCCUUCCUC